UUGUCUCCAGUGCAGUAUGCAGCAACCCAUGUCUUGAAAUGGUUUCACUGGCAUGCUACCUAAGGGAUACAGAGCAUUCGACACAGUAGAAUCCUGCUGGAAGAAUUAAUUUGAGGAACCUUCCUUUCAGUUACUGUUCCUGAUUGAUCACAGCAUCUACAUGCAUAAAACAGUGCAGUCUCCAAAUCAAACCACUUGAAUAAAAACUGAAUUUCCAUCCUGUGAAGCCAGAAUGCAUCCUGCAAAACUCUCUACUGACAAGGCAACUCGGUCAGGUUAUAUAAUUGGCAGCCUCACAAGCUUUUCAUCUUUGUCUGAAUGGUACUCGAAAAGGAGUGAAGUUCUUUCCUACUCUUGAAAAUAUCAAUGAAACUCACAGAAAGUGCUUGCUGCUAAGUGUCCCACUGAUCAGAAGAAACCAAGGGCACAUUGCCUCACUACCCGAAAGAGCGAGGUUCUGGAAAGUCAGAAACAAAGCUUUCUUCCUUUUUAUUUAUUUGUUUUUUUAACCAAUGACUCUCAGAAGCAGUCCCACCAAAAUUAUUGAGAUUCCUUGGGUAACUACUUCCUACUCCAUGAGAUAAAAGAGCUCCAGAUCUGAUCCUGGGUCUGUUUAUUUACAGCUCUUACAAGCGCAGUCUCAGAGAUACCUGAAACGCUCAUCUGCAUUACUUUGGCGUGCUGAAGCCUUUGCAUAGCCCAACCGGACAUGCCUAGGGUGGUUAUUGCGCCCCGGACACAACGCUGACAACCUCCCAAGGCACCAGAGCCAGCAAGACGCUUCUGCGAGGAGACCUUUCAAGGACAGCACCUCCGCGUUCCUCCAGGUGCAUCAGAAAGGUCCGCGGGAUGGGGCGCUGACAUCUCCGUCAAGGUAAACGGGAAUAAGUCAUCUUGUUGGAGUAAUUAUCUGUACUCGGUGGAAUUAUACCAACAAUGAAUUUGGAAGACCGUGUGGAUUACACAGAGAACCGUAUUCAGCUAUAAGCCUGGGAGGUGAAUUCAAAUCCAAGUUCUUGUAUGGAUACAGAGAUCUUCUUGACGCUGAUCACUUUGGGCCUGGGGGCAAGGAAGCGGCUGCCAAGGCUAACCCAGCAUUGCAGGCUCACGCUUGAAGAGCAGGGCACCCACCGGCAGAGUACAAGGACAGGCGCAGUUUUGUGAGGUGUCCUUUUCAAACCAGACACGAACCUCCCAAGGAGCAUUUUGUCAGCAAAUGGAAAGAGUUUGAGCAUGGGCACAGAAGAUACAGAAAAUAAAUUAUCCAGCCUCUGAGAACAACUCAAGCCCCUUGGCUCAGAUGUGGGAAGAAGAAUAAAGAGCCGUGGAACUACGGGAGUUAAAAGCACCUAUGACCGAUCCCUGUAAGUCUUCAUCUGAUUUUUUUUCACGUUGCUUGAUAAAUCAUCAUUUAUCAUGAGAGCAUUUGUUAAAUUAUGGAUUCCUCAGUGCUUGCGGAUUCUCAAGUCAUCAUGCAGAUUAUUCCACGGAUACCACAGGCUUCUUGCAUCUCAGAUUAUUUCAUAUUAUGAUUCUAUAAACCAGUGUGAAAAGGAACCACCAGAAUAUUUCAACUUUGCAAGUGAUGUCUUGGAUAAAUGGUCACAACUGGAAAAGGAUGGAAGAAGGCCAGCAAAUCCAGCUUUUUGGUGGAUAAAUGAUGAGGGACAGGAGGUGAGGUGGAGCUUUGAAGAACUGGGAUUUCUGUCCAGUAAGGCAGCUAAUAUACUCUCUGAGGCAUGCGGUUUGCAGAAAGGAGACAAAGUUAUAGCAGUUCUCCCUCGGGUCCCUGAAUGGUGGCUACUGAAUGUAGCCUGUAUGCGAACAGGAAUUGUCUUUAUUCCAGCAACAUCUCAAUUAACAGCCAAAGACAUUUUAUACCGACUCCAGGCCUCAAAGGCCAAGUGCAUCAUUGUCAGUGAUGCACUGGCACCUGCAGUGGAAUCUAUCAUGCCUGACUGCCAGUUUCUGAAAAGCAAAAUAAUUGUAUCCAAAGGCAGCAGAGAUGGGUGGCUGAACCUCAAAGAACUCCUUGCGAUGGCAUCUGCUGACCAUAAAUGUGUCAAGACAAGGAGUCAAGACCCGAUGCUGAUCUAUUUUACUAGUGGAAGUACAGGCUCUCCAAAAAUGGUGGUGCAGUCCCACAGCAGUUAUGGCAUUGGAUUUACUGUCAGUGGCAGGUACUGGAUGAACUUGACUCCCUCAGAUAUAAUGUGGAAUACCUCUGAUACAGGUUGGGUAAAGUCAGCUUGGGGCAGUGUUUUUGCUCCAUGGAUCAAUGGAUCAUGUGUCUUUAUACACAAUAUGCCUCAGUUUAAACCAGCAAUUAUUGCAGAUACUCUCUCAAGAUACCCCAUUACCACCUUUUGCACAGCCCCCACAGCCUACCGCAUGCUGGUGCAACAUGGUUUGAGCAGCUACAAGUUCAUGAGUCUGAAACACUGUGUAUCUGGAGGGGAACCACUCAAUCCUGAAGUGAUGGAGCAGUGGAAAAUCCAAACAGGCUUGAAUAUCCAUGAAGGUUAUGGCCAGACAGAGACGGUAACAAUAUGUGCCAAUGUGAAAGGAAUGAAGAUUAAACCUGGCUCUUUGGGAAAAGCCUUGACCCCUUAUGAUGUGCAGAUCGUAGAUGACCAUGGGGCUAUUCUCCCUGCAGGAGAAGAAGGUGACAUUGCUGUCCGAAUCCAACCUAAGCGACCAUUCUGUCUGUUCUCUCAGUACUUGGAUAAUCCAGAGAAAACUGCUGCCACUGUGCGUGGAAAUUUUUACAUCACUGGGGACAGGGGGAUUAUGGAUGAAGAAGGAUAUGUCUGGUUUGUUGGAAGAGCUGAUGAUAUAAUUAAUUCCUCUGGGUAUCGUAUUGGUCCAUUUGAAGUUGAAAGUGCAUUAAUACAACACCCUGCAGUGUCAGAGUCAGCUGUUGUCAGCAGUCCUGAUCCAAUUCGAGGGGAGGUAGUCAAAGCCUUCGUUGUUUUGGCCCCUGCCUUUGUAUCACAUGAUCCGGAAGAACUAACUCGCGAUCUUCAGCAGCAUGUCAAAAAUGUGACUGCUCCUUACAAGUAUCCGAGGAAGAUUGAGUUCGUUCAGGCUCUGCCAAAGACUGUUGCUGGGAAAAUCCAGAGGAAGGUUCUAAGGAACAAAGAGUGGGGAAGAGCAUAAUGUGAUCCAGAAACUGAGGAGACAAUAUUUCUACCAUCUAUACUGGCCACAGCACAGCGUUUGGACUUGGCAUGUUAUCAUUACCCAGAGCACUAAGAGAACA